CAAGAAGUUCCCAGUCCGCAGAAAGGAUGACGCCACUGUUAUAAACGCUGGGGGCGUCGCGGCGAUUUUAGUCUGCGUGGGUCCACCUUGCUUACUUGUUGCAGGACUAGCUCGCCGCUUCCCCAAAAGAUGCGUCUGGUUGUAGUGUUUCUAUGGAUGGUGGUAGGGACGGUGUUGUCCCUGGAGACCAGUGCGGGCAGCCUCUAUGAUGAACAUUUUCCACCCCUCCACCCUAAUUGUACCCAGAGCCUCACAGACCUUAUCUUGCUGCGCCAAGAAGUCCAGCUGAAAGAACUGAAGGAGGAGGAGAAAGCGUCUUCAAGGAUCUUGAGGCAGAUAGCAGACAUCUUGACUGACGUCAGAAAUUCUUUGAACCGCACGUCGAAAGUAUCCUGCCCAGGUAAUUUCAUAAACUUCGGGGACACCUGUCUGUACCUCGCCAAGGACACCGACGUAACUUGGGAAGCUUCUCGGGUCUAUUGCCAGGGCUUGGGAGGAGACUUGGCCGUGUUCCGAGACGCCAAUGAAUUCGCAGAGGCUCUUGGAUACGUUAAAGGUUCGGGUCUUAUAGGGACAACGGACGUGUGGGUGGGCGGGAACGACCUUUCACUGGAAGGGGAGUGGGUGUGGAUCUCCGGAGAAGACAUGCCAAGAGGGACUCCUUUUUGGGGACAUUACAAUAACGCCCGUGAGCCCACUGGCGGAAUAUCGCAGAACUGUGCCUUCCUGAAGGGCCAGGACGGAUUCACGAUACACGAUGCUCCCUGUGACUGGAAACGCAAGCCUCUCUGCCAGAUGAAGCACAUCUAAGGAACUGUAUCGAAUGUGGUCUCUGCCAAUCAGAACGAUCCAAGACUUCCUCUCAAAUGUCACAAAUUAUGUUUGGGUCAUAUGACACGCAUUUAAACAAGGGAUAAAAAGAUUCAUUGCAGUUUAUAACACACACACACACAUAUGUAUGUGUGUGUGUGUACGUACGUUCGUGUGUAUAUGCAUGUAUAUAUACACACAUAUAUGUAUAUACACACACGCACACAUUUUCAUGUUUUAAAAUGCAGUUGCAGGAUUCCUUUUGUAUUAUCUUUUCUAAAUAUAUACAUAUAUAUGUAUAUAUAUGUAUAUAUAUAUAUAAUGUUGUUAUUUUCUAAACACCUAUGUCACAGUAUCCUCCAGGUAUUGAGUUGAUUUAUUUAGUUUCGAUCAUCUUACCCGGAAGGAAGCAAGUUGGAGUGUUGUGUGAAAUCCAUUUGUGCACUGAAAUAAAGCAAAAACGAGA